AGCAAAAUAAGGAUUUGUUUAUGUUCUCUCUCUCUCACAGACUCACUUGGAAGAAUAAAGAGAGAAGGAAUCCAUCCAUCAAUUGAUGGAGGAGAAAACUACAGACGUCCUUUUCGCUCUCAGAAGCAAACCCACCACCAACAACUAAUUCUCCCCAACAUUAACACCAGAGAGUUAGCGAGGGACACCCAGAGAGAGAGAGAGAGAGAGAGAGAGAUUGAUUCUUUUGAAGCUUUCUCUUAAAACAAGAAAUAGGAAAUCCAUCCGGAAAUGGCGACAUUGCAGAAAUUCAAGCUUCUGGCAACACAGUGCGCCAUCGCCGGAAGCCCAACAAGGAGCCCAACCACUAGCCCAAUCAUCCAUCUCCGCCGCCGUAAAACCCUGCGAAUGCUGCUCAGUCGCACCAGUGGUAGUGGACGCCGAUUGUUUCGUCGAGAGGAAUUGCCGGAUCGUCAAGAAGUCGUCCCCGAUUCGCAUCCGCCGGAGAGCCGCACCCUUAAGGAUUUGUUCAUUUCUUCCCCUCCGCCACAAGAACUACAACGACAAGACAAUCUCAACAAAGCCACGGAGAAGAUCGGAGGCGGUGACAUGGAAGCGUUUCCCUCGUCGAUCAUCAAUCGUGGGGAUACCUCCAUGGCUCGGCGCUUCAGUAUCGGCUCGUAUCGGUACCGGCUAUCGAGGAGAGUUUGGCGACCCAUACUGAUUGCUAUUCCCGAGUCUAAAGAAACAGCCUAACAGCCCAGUCAGUCACUCUCAGUCGCAGAGCCUCAAAAAGGGAAGAGAAAUUGUUAACAGCAACAGCCAGGGUCACUUUAAGUCUCAGAGCCUCCAAUGGAAGAGAAAUUGUAAUUGUAGGGGUAAUAUAUAUAUAUAUAUAUAUAUAUAUAUGAGCUAACUUUUCUUCUUCUCUCGUCUUUCUGAUCUGCUCUGUUCUGUGCUUUCAUGCUUUGUGCUCUGUGGGGUGUAAUUUGGUGGGAUUGAGAAACGGAGAAGAGGGUUCAGAAGCGAAAACGCCCAGAAAUGGAAUAUCUGGCUUGGAAUUUCUAUCUCAAUUUCCAAUUAUAACAUCGGAAUUUUCUUAGUU